AUGGCAGAAAUGCAGCGACCAUAUAACGAAACAAACAGCACAAUCGUAUGCUAUGCGCCGACCAUGAUAACAACAAAUGGUAUAUGGCAAGGCGAUAACCCUUUAGAUUAUUCUCUCCCUCUCUUCAUUUUGCAAUUGACAAUGGUCGUUGUUACUACUCGUGUUCUGGUUUUCCUCCUCAAACCCCUUCGCCAACCUCGUGUUAUCUCUGAAGUUUUGGGUGGAGUGAUAUUGGGUCCAUCAGUGCUUGGAAGGAGCGCAACCUUUGCCCAAACAUUGUUUCCUCUAAGAAGUGUGAUGGUGGUUGAGACAUUGGCAAAUAUGGGUCUCCUUUACUUCCUCUUCCUGGUUGGAGUGGAGAUGGACAUUACAGCAAUCAGGCGAACUGGAAAAAAAUCGUUGGCUAUUGCACUUUCUGGAAUGGUCUUACCCUUCGUGGUUGGUUCCGUCUUCGCCUUCUUUCUUUACAAAUCACAGGGUAGCAUGACACUAGGGACUUACAUCCUAUUCUUCAGUCUUGCCGUCUCUGUCACUGCAUUCCCAGUGCUUGCUCGAAUCCUUGCAGAGCUUAAACUCGUAAAUUCGGAGAUUGGCAAGAUUGCUUUAUCAUCAGCUCUUGUCAAUGACAUGUGUGCUUGGAUUCUAUUAGCUUUUGCUAUUGCCCUGUCUGAGAAUGAUAGUUCUUCUUUAGCUUCCCUCUGGGUGAUACUGUCUAGCAUAUUAUUUGUUGUCUUUUGCAUUUUUGUUGUCCGUCCAGCAAUCUCAUGGAUGAUCCAGAGAACCCCAGACGGAGAGACCAUCAGUGAGUUCUAUAUAUGUCUCAUUCUCACUGGGGUCAUGAUCUCGGGCUUUAUUACAGAUGCCAUUGGAACACAUUCUGUGUUUGGAGCUUUUGUGUUUGGUCUUGUAAUUCCAAAUGGACCAGUUGGAGUUACUCUCAUAGAAAAGCUUGAGGACUUUGUUUCGGGGCUUCUGCUUCCUCUCUUCUUUGCCAUUAGCGGGCUGAAGACUGAUAUACGCACUAUCAGGCAUCCCAGCACCUGGGGAUAUCUAUUCCUAGUCAUUUUUCUUGCUUGUGCUGGCAAAGUUAUAGGAACUCUCCUUAUGUCACUCAUUUACCGGAUGACUGUACGUGAAGGCGUUACUCUUGGUUUCCUUAUGAACACAAAGGGCCUUGUUGAAUUGAUUGUGCUGAAUGUUGGAAGGGACCAAGAGGUGUUAGAUGUUCAAUCAUUUUCACUCAUGGUAGUUGCAGCUAUAAUCAUGACUGCAAUAGUCAUGCCCGUUGUAACAACAAUUUACACACCGGCAAGGAGGUUCUUCCCAUACAAAAGGCGAACAAUCCAAAGUUCAAAACCAGAUGCAGAAUUUCGAAUACUUGUGUGCAUUCACAACCCUCGAAAUGUCCCAACAAUCAUCAACCUCCUUGAAGCCUCUCACCCCACCAAAAGAUCUCCAAUAUGCAUCUAUGCGCUCCACUUGGUUGAACUCACGGGCCGUGCAUCUGCCAUGCUUAUAGUCCAUAAUACCCGGAAAUCAGGUCGACAAGCCCUUAACCGGACUCAAGCUCAGUCCGACCAUAUCAUCAAUGCAUUCGAGAACUAUGAGCAGCGUUCUGGUUGUGUGUCUGUCAACCCCCUCACUGCGAUUUCCCCUUACUCUAGCAUGCAUGAAGACAUCUGCAAUUUAGCUGAAGACAAACGAGUCGGCCUAAUAAUCAUCCCUUUCCACAAACAACAAACCGUUGAUGGAGGCAUGGAAGCUAAAAAUCCGGCCUAUCAAAUGGUGAACAAGAAAGUACUUGCAAAUGCACCUUGCUCAGUUGGAAUUCUUAUUGACAGAGGCCUAAAUGGGUCCACACGCUUGGCUGCAAAAUCAGUAUCUCACCACAUAGCUGUGCUAUUCUUUGGUGGACCAGAUGAUAGAGAAGCAUUAUUCUAUGCAUGGAGGAUGUCCGAACAUCCUGGAGUAAGAGUUACAGUAUUGAGGCUCAUUAUUGCAUCUGAACCUGCAGUAAUGCACGCUAGCAGGAGCACUAACCUGAACCGUUACGAGACGUUAGCAAUUAAAGCAAACCAAGAAAGAGAGAAGAAGCUGGACGAAGAUCUUCUAAAGAAGUUCCAAAUACAUACCUCCAACAAUGAAUCAAUCAUGUAUAUAGAGAAAGUGGUGAAUAACGGGGAGGAUACCGUGGCGGCCAUAAGGUCAAUAGAAAGCAGUCAUGACCUGUUUAUUGUUGGGAGAGGACAAGGAAUGACUUCACCACUCACAGCAGGACUAACUGAUUGGAGUGAGUGCCCUGAGCUGGGUGCUAUAGGUGAUUUGUUAGCUUCAUCAGAUUUUGCAUCCACUGUUUCGGUUUUGGUGGUGCAACAGUUUGUUGGGACGGAGCCACAAGAGGAUGACCUUGUGGUUGAGCUUGGCAGUAUGCGUCGUAGCACGCUUGAUGGCGAGGGACCUUCCGAUGAGCAAUAUCAGCAAAUGAACCGGCGUCAAACACCGCCGCCAAGGGGACAAAAUGCAUUUAGGCCAUAUACUACUGAUACUAACUAGCUAAUUGCCUUGGUCACUAGCGUGGUGCAAUUCACUGGCUUGUAUGUAGAAAGAAAUCCAGUGAAAACUAGGAACAAGACAAGACAACGUGCAGAGUUAUUUUUUCUUUUCUUUGUUUUGUCCAGUGCACAAGACAAGGCUUUUUGUC